AUGCGCGCCAUCAGAAGCGACAUGGAAUCACGCAUGGACCACUCCCCUUUCAAGAGGAGAGCGUUCACGAGCUUCCCUCCUCCAGAGUAUCUCCUCGACCUGGAACAGGCCGUCAUCGAGGACAUCCAACUGUUCUGUCCGACCAUCACCCGCAAGCAAUUCCUGGAGCUCGCCGAACAGCAGUACACAGGCGGCGCCCGCGAGAAGACGGCCAUCGACGAUCCCGCCCGGUGGGCCAUCAUCAACGCCCUCUUCGCGACGGCGGUCCAGUGGAGGACGGCGAACGAUUCCUUCGAGGACAUGUCGCCCAUGAGCUGGGGCUACUUCAAGAACGCCUUCUCCGUAUUCCCGGAGCUGCUCAUUUCCGGAGGGGGCGUAUCGACGGUUGAAGCAAUGCUAACUAUGGCCACGUUCCUUUUGGGGACGACAGACGCCAGAACAACGUUGCAGGUGGCCUCUUCCGCUGCUAGGACGGCGCAGAUGAUGGGCCUGCAUAGGAGGGAGGCGUAUACCAAGCUAGACGCUGCACAGUCGAGGCAACAUCGGCGCGCGUGCUGGGUCGCGUUCAUCGUCGACACGGAAAUGGCAGUCCGGUUCGGCAUCUCGCCGUCCUUCAACCUGUCUCAGAUGAACGCAGACCUCCCAGACGAGGGUCUGGCCUCUUUCAACCAUGCAAUAGGCAUAACCUGCGCAGAGAAAACGCAGUGCUACGUCAGGAAGCUGGCAGAGCUGUCGCGAAUAAGGUACAAGAUCCACGAUCAGCUUUCCAUCGACAGUAUCAAAACCCAGGCUGGACCACACCACCAGGCGGCCGUCCUGGCUUUAAGUGCCGAGCUGGAAGCGUGGAGGAACACGUUCCCGGAACACUUGAGACCUAAACUCACGGCAGUCGUGCAUGACAGGGAACUCGAGACUCAUGUUGUGCUCCUCCACGUUUACUAUUUCGACGCCUUGAUCAAGAUCCACACGAACCUGGCCCGCCUCAAGAGCGUUUCAAGCCACAGCCUGACGCUCUGCCAGAACCCCAGCUGGGAGGCCAGCCAGAGUUCGUAUCCCAAUGUGCAAGACGCGUAUGAAAAGUGCACAGCGGCUGCCCGUGCUACGGUUGAGAUUCUACGGGUGACGCCUCCGCAUUCAUUCGUACAUCUAUGGGCCAUGAUUUGCUACCCGGUUGCAUCGUGCCUGAUUCUCCUCUGGUCCGCCCUCGAAGACUCCACAGGCGCGGAAGCGCACGUCAACGUCAGGGUCCUCGGCCAAUUUGUGCAGUUCCUCGCAGGGCUCCGGGAAGAAGGCUGCGACGUCCGGAACCUGUUGGACGGCUGCUCCAAGUUCUUCAAGAUUGCAAAGUACGUCGUGCACACGCAACGCACGAUCAGGCUCACGAGGCCUCUGGACGAAGACGAGAACGUGAGGGAGCAGCUUGAGACUCUGCGGCUCAAGCUCUCGGGUGUCGCGGAUUGGACACAUCUGGCCCAGGGGCUGUUGAGCAACAUGCCAUCAUUGUGUGCCCAGGCGCGAGAUGUUUUCUCGGAUAUUCUGGAGAGUGAGAAGCCGGGAUCAGACGGGUAUGGGCCGUUGGCGGCAGACAUGUUGAAGCCGCAUAAUCACAAUUUCUGCUUCGGUCCUUGA